GGAGCAGACAGUCUGACGGGAGGUGCAGUGCACACCCCCGGGGCGAGGAGGCAUAGGGCGGGCGCGCCAAGGAGCUGCGGGUCUGCUAACUAUACCAGAUCAGAGCCUCUUCCCUCCGCGCUUGCUCCUCCCCUCGCUCUUACAAGCACGUCCCCCAAACCCCACCCUCCCGGGUGCCUCUGGCCUCUCCUAGGUUGAGUCGCUCCAGGAAGUUUGUAUGAAAGCACCUGAAACACCAAGUUCCCCGGGGACAGAACUUAAGAGAAGGCCAGCGCCCACUCUGGUGAGUUGCAGCCAAGAUUUCUGGGGUGUGUGCUGGGAGGAGAAGGGAAAGUUGGGAAGUUUUGAGAGCCUGUGACCCGGGCGCCUUGUCCUCAUGGCAUCACCGAGACCCUCCAGCAGCGACUGCUCCAAUGUCAUCGAUCACAGCCACGUGCCCAACUUUGAGGUGUCCACCUGGAUCAAAAUCACCCUCUUCCUGGUGUACCUCUUCAUCUUUGUGGUGGGUAUCCUUGGCAACAGCAUCACCAUCCGGGUCACUCAGGUGUUGCAGAAAAAGGGCUACCUGCAGAAGGAAGUGACAGAUCACAUGGUGAGUCUGGCCUGCUCGGACAUCUUGGUCUUCCUCAUUGGCAUGCCCAUGGAGUUCUACAGCAUCAUCUGGAACCCCCUGACCACACCUAGCUACUCCCUGUCUUGUAAGCUUCACACUUUCCUCUUUGAAGCUUGCAGCUAUGCCACACUGCUGCAUGUGCUGACACUGAGCUUCGAGCGCUACGUGGCCAUCUGUCACCCCUUUAGGUACAAGGCCCUGUCCGGGCCCUGCAAGGUGAAGCUGCUGAUUGCCUUCGUCUGGGUCACGUCGGCCCUGGUGGCCUUGCCCUUGCUUUUUGCCAUGGGAGUGGAAUACCCUUUGCUGAAUGUGCCCAGUGUCCAGGGACGUGGCUGCAACCGCACCCGCACCCGCCACCAUGAACAACCCCAGACCUCCAACAUGUCCAUCUGUACCAACCUGUCCAGCCGCUGGACUGUCUUCCAGUCUAGCAUCUUCGGUGCCUUCAUCGUCUACCUCGUGGUGCUGGUUGCCGUGGCCUUCAUGUGCUGGAACAUGAUGCAGGUGCUAAGGAGGAGCAAGACGGGCACGCUGGUUGGAACUGGAUCUGAGCUGCAACUGAGAAAGACGGAGAGCCAGGAGAGCAAGACCGCCAGGAGGCAGACCAUCAUCUUCCUCAGGCUGAUCGUUGUGACACUGGCCGUGUGCUGGAUGCCAAACCAGAUUCGGAGAAUCAUGGCUGCAGCCAAACCCAAGCUGGACUGGACAACAUCUUACUUCCAGGCAUAUAUGAUCCUCCUGCCCUUCUCAGACACCUUCUUCUAUCUGAGCUCCGUGGUCAACCCGCUGCUGUACAACGUGUCCUCGCAGCAGUUCCGUAAGGUAUUCGGGCAGGUGCUGCGCUGCCACCUGUCUGUGCCACACGCCAACCAGGAGAAGCACCUGAGAGCCCACAGCCGCGCCACCGCUGACAGCGUGCGCUCCGCCCGCAGCCCUCUCAUCUUCCUCUCCUCCCGGCGCGGCUCUUCGGCCAGGAGAACUAACAAGAUUUUCCUGAGCACCUUCCAAAGCCAGGCCAAACCCGAACCUACGCCGGCCCCUGAGCCAGCGAGUGUGGAGUCACCACUACCCAACUUGGAGGCGAAACCAGAUAGCUUGGUGGCAGAAAAUGGUUUACAGGAGCGGGAAUCAUGA